AUGUUCUAUUUCUCUUUGAUAGAUGCUAUACUUUGUUACCAAUGCUCAGACGCCAAAGCAGAAGGAACAUGUAGGCAUGACAACAGUGGACUCCUGUCAGAUAACCAGGGUAUUCAAAACAGGACCAAUAUCACGGACACAGAGUUCAAUACAGAGUUUACAUAUCUGAAGAACUGUACAAAGAGCUGGGGAGAGCAAUGUCUGAUUGAAAAUAUACGGGAAGCAGGAAGUGGAAAAGUGAUGUCUUUCAUUAGAGGAUGUACAAAUGGAAAAGUGUUCUCCCUCAAUGAUUUCCCUAAUAGAACAAUAGUGUCAGAUAAUCAGACGACAUGUGCCUACAGACCGGAGAGUGGAAAAGUUGUCGUCUGCUUGACAAUUUGUAAAACAGAUCUAUGUAAUGGCCCACAGCCUCCAUUACACGAUGGAGCAUCUUCAAAUCACUUUUGUUCUUUACUGGCGAUACUGAUGCUACUACUUGUGAAUAAGGUGAAUUGUUUCAGUGAAUCUUAAGGACUCGUUUCACAGGAAUGUCC